CACACACUCACACACAAACACACACGCACACGCUCCCUCUCUCUCUUUCUUUCUAUCUCUCACACACACACACAUAUACACACACGCACCAAAACUGCGGAGUGAACAGGCGCGGUGGGUUUGAUGCGUCCACACUUCUUGUGGAGGGAGCGCGUUGUCAAGAUUAAUUGCAGAAAGUACACGGGCACUGUUUUUUCAUCGGUUUUCCCACUCGGGGGGCGAAUUUCAUCCAGGAUCGGUGUGUUGGAGGAACGGCUUGGACGCAGGCUUGUAGACUCAGCAGCACAUUAGGAGUCAGAAAGUGUGCUGUUUUUCUUUUGACAGCUGCGCCGCCGCACCGCUGCCAGACUGACGGACCACAGGGACGAGGAGGAGGAUUGACCAGGCUUGUCGUCGUACAUCCUGAGUGUUUCUGCCUCACUUGGCGUGUGUAAAUGUCCACCAUGGCUAGGAGGCGGCUUGACUGGUGGACCCCCCACUGACGCCCCCAUUCCCCAGAUAUCCUCCCUGACUCGACCCUUUCCUGACGGUUUUACUGAACCCUUGAUCUGUGGAGCCCCCCCCCACCCCACCUAAGCUCUCGCCAUGGCCAGCCUGGUCCUGAAUGAGACGGGAAUGGAGGACUGUGGCAUCGAUGACUCCUUCAAGUACAAUCUGUACUCGGUGGUUUACAGUGUGGUCUUUGUCUUGGGCCUGAUCACCAACUGCGCUGCCCUUUUUGUCUUCUGCUUCCGGAUGAAGAUGCGCAAUGAGACCACCAUGUUUAUGACUAAUUUAGCACUUUCGGAUUUAGUGUUUGUUUUCACACUGCCGUUCAAGGUCUUCUACAAUGUUAAACGCCACUGGCCGUUUGGAGAUGAACUGUGUAAGGUGUCGGGAACAGCCUUCAUCACCAACAUCUAUGGCAGUAUGCUCUUCCUCACCUGCAUCAGUGUAGACCGCUUCCUGGCCAUCGUCUACCCCUUCCGCUCCCGAUCCAUUCGCACACGCAGGAACGCGGCGUUGGUGUGCGCUGCCGUGUGGUUGACCAUUGUGGGAGGAGGGAUAUCGGUGACCUUCUUCUCCACCAUCAACAGGGCCAACCGCGCCACAACCUGUUUUGAGGGCUUCUCCAAGAGCACAUGGAGGACCUACCUGUCCAAAAUAACCAUCUUCAUCGAGAUUGUGGGCUUCCUGCUUCCCCUGCUGGCCAACUUGGUGUGUUCCUCGAUGGUUCUGCGGACACUCCGUCGCCCGGUGUCCGCUGGCCAUGGAUGCGAGAGCAAGAGACGCGUCCUGAGGAUGAUCCUGGUCCACCUGGGCAUUUUCAUCAUCUGCUUUGUUCCGUACAAUUCUAUCCUCUUCCUCUAUGCCCUGGUGCGGACCCAGGCCUUGGCUAAUUGUGCUGUGGAGCGCUUUGCACGGACUCUUUACCCCAUCACUCUGUGUCUGGCCAGCCUCAACUGCUGCCUGGACCCUGUAGUCUACUACUUCACCUCAGAAAGCUUCCAGAAAAGCCUGACCACAGGAGGCAAGGGGUCCGGGACCAGGCCUGAGAGCAACCUGCGUAGUGAAACGCACCACAGCAGUGACACUGAGAACCAGGACAAGGCAAACACCCUCACCAGAGACACAAACACACUGGCCAGCAACGGCAAAGAGACAAGGCUGUCAGAGACACACAAGAAGACCAAGGCUGUCAUCUUCAUGAUAAACCUGGCGUUAGCAGACCUGGCCCACGUCCUUUCUCUGCCUCUCAGGAUUUACUAUUACUUCACACACACGUGGCCCUUUGGAAACAUCGUCUGCUUGUUCUGCUUCUACCUAAAAUACCUCAACAUGUACGCCUCUAUCGUCUUUCUGGUGUGUAUUAGCCUACAGAGGUGUGUGUUCCUGCUCAAUCCAUUCUUUGCCCGCCGGUGGAGGCGACGCUAUGACCUGCUGAUCAGCGUCGUGGUGUGGUUGGUGGUCGGUCUGGGCUGCUCACCUUUCAUUCUGGUGAGGAGCAGCAGCAGUUUGAGUGUCCGUGCAGCUGCAAGUGCAGGCAACACCAUGUCCUAUUCCCUGGAUGUCACCUCUACUCAGGGUCCCAUAGCUUUCACCAAACUCUAUGCUUCCCCCUUGUAUACAAGCUCCAGUUUCACGUCAGUCCCCAGCACCACCCCCAGCCCGCCCAAAUCUGGCUGUUUUAAGGACUUGCCCACACGUCAGCUGCCCCUCUUUCUGGCAAUCACCAUCAUGACUCUCGGUGAGCUUUUUGGUUUUGUGCUUCCUUUAGUUGGAAUCAGUUACAGCUCCAUCCGCAUUGCCCGUUCCCUCAACCAGAGACAGAGCACGGAGCCACAGAGCCCCCCCCUGGUCAGCCCUUCAUCCCGCCGCCCCCUCCGCUCGCUCUCCUCCUCGGCCUGCCAGUCAGACAAGUCACUGGACACACAGGCAGACAAAGAGAAGCGGCGUGCCCUGCGAAUGGUGCUGAGCUGCUUUGCCCUCUUCCUGCUCUGCUUUGCCCCGUACCACCUCAACUUCCUGCUCUACCUCAUGGUGUCGCAGGACAUCGUGUCCCACUGUGCCACGAGGCUGGCCGUGCGUCAGUUCCACCCAGUGUCCCUGUGCCUGGCCAGCAUGAGCUGCUGCCUCAACCCACUGCUCUACUACUUUCUGACAGCCGAGUUCAGGUCGCACCUAACCCGACGCACCUCCUCCUUCACCUCCUCGCUCAUCUCCUCCCCGACCAUCUCCUCUUCCAGGCCCUCUACACAGCAAAGACUCAUGAGCAUGGAGAGCUUUUCCUCAUACAGGGAGUGGGGUGGAGGCUCCUUGCCCAAGAUGAAAGUAGCCAACCACAGCUGCGGUGAUGAUGAAGACCUACGCAGCUACCAGCACCAUGUGUACGCUGUGGUUUAUAGCGUGAUCUUGGCACCGGGCCUGCUGGGUAAUGUGAUAGCGCUAUGGAUAUUCCGGGUAUAUGUCAAAGAAACUAAAAAAGCUGUGGUCUUCAUGAUGAACCUGGCUAUGGCUGACCUGCUGCAGGUGCUCUCUCUGCCUCUGCGGAUCUACUACUACCUAAAACACACCUGGCCGUUUGGCCAUCCCCUCUGCAUGUUCUGCUUCUACCUGAAGUAUGUCAACAUGUACGCCUCCAUCUUCUUCCUCGUGUGUGUGAGCGUGCGGCGCUGUGAGCUCAUCAUGCGACCGCUGAGGUACAGCUCAUCCAGGAAGAAAGGAGACGUGUGUAUUUGUGCCAUUGGUUGGCUGCUAGUCUGUCUUGCCUGUCUGCCCUUCCCUCUGCUGAGGAACCCCAACUACGAACAUGACCUCGCCCCGAGUCCCACCACUGCUGGCCCUCACCCUACUCCCAGCUCCAGCCCUGCGCCUGGUUCUGAGCCGGUGUGCUUCUCAGAGCUGCCCCUGCGGAGAGUGAGCACCCCGGCUGCCUGGGCCCUGUUGGUCACGGCCGAGCUGGUGGGGUUUGUCGUCCCCCUGGUCCUCGUGCUGGCCUGCACCUGCCUGACUGCUGGCAGCCUGCGGGAAGCGACAGGACGCGCGGUGCAUGACCAAGGGGAGAAGCGGAGGGCGUUGAGGAUGGUGCUGAGCUGUGCUGUGCUGUUCCUGCUGUGUUUUGCUCCUUACCACGUCACCCUGCCUCUGGACUUCCUGGCCAAGGCCAACGCCCUGAGCAGCUGCACCCUGAGGGAGCUGGUCCUGCGGUGUCACCCCGUCACGCUCUGCCUGGCCAGCCUUAACUCCGGCCUCGACCCGCUCAUUUAUUACUUCACAACUGAUGAGUUCAGGAGACGGCUGAGCAGGACGGAGAUACCAGAGAGCUUGGCUUUCACCAGGCGCAUGUCCUGCAUCACUGGGGACAGUAAAGACUUGCAGGAUGAAUAGACUAAGACGCUUUGGGGCUUGCUGUCCAAUUACCGACGUUAUAAUCUCAACCACUAAAGCCCUUUGAGAUUCAUAAAGUAGUUAAGAAUUAAAAUGUUGAGGUAAUGCAUCCCUGGAAGCUAAUUAAAUGCAAAUAGGAGUAACCAAGAAAAACUAAUUUGCAUUUAUAACUCUGAGAAAGGGGGAGCUUGUGUGUCAAACAAUAAAUUAUACACAUAACACAUGAACUACUUCUCAAUAAAAAGUUUUCUCUUCUUUCUAAAUUUGUACGGGUGAGGAGUGAGCUGUUCCUGUUAUGAAGGAUGAGCUCUGCUGGCUAUUCUGAGAUCCUGCAGGAAAUACACUGGAAAGCCCGUGGACCAGUUAUAUUGCUCAGCUUGUCGGAGAUCUCAGUAAAAUGGGGGUCAAAUGUGGGUGUAUAAC